AUGAACAUCGAUUCAUUCGAACAACUUAUAACCCGAAUCGGACGUUUACGAUUAAAAAGACGUGGAUCAAUUCCGGUUUUGACCAACUUCGUCGUUUACGCACCGACAUCAAACUAUGACGAAGAAGAAGUCGAAGCGUUCUAUAUGGACUUGGAGUUCUACAGAGAAGACCACACAUUCUUCAAGGCCACCAUGGAGAUUCCAACGCCAAGAUUAGACCAUGAGGAACAUCUGAAGAACGUCACAUUGGGACCCACGGAUUAG